AUAUGUAUGUAUAUACAAAAACCCAAAAGUUUUCCCAGACACUUUCACACUCCAGUCCAGUAUGAGGCGGAAAAGCGCCAUAAGUUGUUUUGCAAACCUCCAUUAAACACGAGAAGAUGGAAGAAGAUCCCGCAGUUGGAGCUCUCAGUUCAAUGUUCAUCAUGAGAGAGCAGGUGGAUGUGAUCUGCUGUAAAUCAGUAGGAACUGAUCUGUCCAUGCUGGAAAUUAAUGAUUUCAUCACAGAAAUCUCUCAGCUGAACAAAGAAGUGACGUCACUGAAGAAAGAGGUGACGUCACUGAACGCAAAGCUGAAGGAGACAGAACUCGUUUCACACUGUACCUGUUUUGAGCGAGUUAAAGUUGAGAUUGAGCUGGAAAAGGUUUCCUGUCAGUCUUCAGUGUGUGUGACUGAUGGGACCUCCACAGAAUGUCAGGAUUCAGUGUGGAGCGGCAGAGAUCAGUCCACACCACAGCGACUGCUGGACAAACUCUCUGAACAGAGAUCCAGAGACACACAGGACUCACAGCUCACUUUACUCUGUUCUACUGAUGCUCAGGAGAGUGUGUGUGACAGUAAUCAGGGUGAUCAAACCUCCACAGAGUCUCUGACUUCUGUCUGUAACGCUGGAGAACAGCAGAUGCUGCAGACACCAGUGAAGAUUGAAGUGAAGCAGGAGGAGAUAAAAGAAAACACAGCAGAGGAAAAACAGAGUGAUGAAGAUGAUGAUGAACAGCAGAUGCUGCAGACACCAGUGAAGAUGUGUUCAGUGAAGCUGCUGGACUGCAGAAACCUGAUGAAGAUGAGAGGAGAAACCACAACAGAGGAACAACAGCGAGAUGAAGAUAAUUUUAUUCCUUCAGAGCUGAUGGAAGAGCAAGAGGAACAUCAAGAGCUGAAUGAAGUUGAGGAGAAACUUCAGUGUCAGAAACAUCAUGAUUUAAUAACUGGAGGAAAAUCUUUGAGUGACUCAAAGACUAAGAAGAAUUUCUCACUAAAGUCUCAAAGAAGAGCAUCAAAAAAUACUUUCACCUGCUCUCAAUGUGGAAAGAGUUUCACAUAUAAAAGAGAUCUUAAUAUCCACAUGAGAAUUCAUACUGGAGAGAAGCCUUACUUGUGCCAUCAGUGUGGGAAAAGUUUUACAUAUGCACAAGAUCUCAAGAUUCAUCUCCUCCGUCACUCCGGAGAAAGACCAUUUGAAUGUGAUCAGUGUGGUAAAACAUUUGUUGUGGCAGCGCACCUAAAAACACACCAGAAAACUCACACAAAUGAGAAGUCUUACAAGUGUUCUUUUUGUGGAAAGAGUUUUGCAUACCUGUCCUAUUUUAAAGCACACCAGAAAAUACAUUAUGGCAUGGGUGCUCCAAUGUGCUUUGAAUGUGGGAAGACCUUUACAACAGCCAGCAACUUGAACAAGCACCAAAGAAUUCAUACUGGAGAAAAACGUUACAAGUGUUCACAUUGUGAAAAGAGUUUCACUCAGUCAGAAAACCUGAAAACACACGAGAGAAUCCAUACUGGAGAGAAAGUUCACAAGUGCUCGUACUGUGAAAAGAGUUUCACUCAGUUCGAAAACCUGAAAUCACACGAGAGAAUUCAUACUGGAGAGAAACCAUACAAGUGCUCACAAUGUGGAAAGUGUUUCACUCAGUCAUUUAACCUGAAAAGACACAAGAGAAUUCAUACUGGAGCAAAACCUUACAAGUGCUCACACUGUGAAAAGAGUUUCCCUCGGUCACAAAACCUGAAAAAACACGAGAGAAUUCAUACUGGAGAGAAAACAUAAGUGCUCUUCAUCUAGGAGUUUCAGCACAGCAAGUCAUAUGAAAAGGUGUUGCCCAAAGUAAUCACAGAGAGAAGUCCCUUCUUCAGUUACAAUGCUUCAAGUAAGUAGUUGAAAUUUCAGAUAAUCCCAAAGAUGGAAUUUCUUCCAAAAGAACAGCAUCAUCUAAGAAGUGUCAUUUGCUAAAAUCACCUGUUAUGGUGAAGUUUGGCCUUGUUCAACAUUGUAUUAAUGACCCAAUUCCACCUGAUAUUAAGAUGGUGAUCCGAUCACAGGUGGUCUGCACUAAAUACAGGUGGAAACGGGGUCCAGAACGUUUUGUUAUCGGAUCACUGAAACCACAUACGGAGGUAGUGAAAAUGCAUAUAACCACAUCGCAUUGAGGUGUGAAACGCUAAUCCGUCCUGAAUGCAUCUCGGACAGCAGUGUCAAUCAAUUUAACUGUGCUCUUAUGUGCGACUUUAAAAGGAAAUAACCAUCCGGUCAGAAUAUUUGGAAAAGCAAACACACAUACAAGCACAACAACUUCACGGAUCUUCUACAGACAAGAAGCAUGAACAUCUGAAACCCAGUUUAAUAAAAUAAAUAGAAUUCUGAUCGAAAUGCUACAGUUGUGCUUAGAUUAAAUUUCAGCUGCAUUUUUUUUAUGUUUUAUUUGUCAUUAAUGACUUUUAUGAGGUUUGUUACCAUGCAGUAACACACUGACAUAUUGAAUGAGUUUGUUACAUGCAUUGUAAAAGUUUGAUUUCAGUCAGACUAAAGCAAUAAUAAUUGUUUUUUUUUUAAAUGUCAUGUUAGUCAGAUGGAAAGUGAACAAGUACGUUUUUUGCAAAAUUGAACGUAACAGACCUAGAUAAUGUGAUUGUAGCUUGGUAGCAGCGCCACCCUUGAAUUUAGAUGGGCAUGACAGUGAAGCUGUGAGUGAUAAGCAUACAGUCUCUUCAAUGGGCUGUACUGCAGUUUAAAGUGUUUUAGGAAUGCUCUGCGGACAAAAUGUUGAAAAAAUAACUUUCAAAGACAAACAGUAGACCAAAAACUCCAGACAACUUGAGUUGUGGAAGAUCAGAUGGGAUCUUGGAGGUUUAUACAGCUUCAUACUGUGCAUGCCAUUGAAGAGAUGGUAUGUCUAUCCCUCACAGCCUCCUUUUCAUUCCUGUUAAAAAUCGAAUAUGACGCUACACAUCAGUCAGACCACAAUUGGCCUGGACAUUAUUCGCAUGUUCUGAAAAGAAACAGAGGUGCCACACAAUGUAUAUUUAACCCAGAAGUUGAAUGCAACACAAAGCAGAGAAGAAGAAGAGCCACAGCACAGGGUGUUUAAUUCAAAGUGAUCAUCUCUAUGCACUGUAGUGUGUUGCCUUCUUGAGCUUCAAUGAAUGUUUGCACCUUUUGGAAUCGUUGUGUAGUUUGAUGGUGUCCCUCAAUCAAAAGAUGGAUGUCAGCGUCAUAUAGCCACUGUUGGUAAGAACUCAAAUGUGCAGAAGAUGCUGGCAAACCAAAAAAAAAAGUGUUCUACCUGGAGGAGUUUUCUUAAAGUGUAAGAUGCAGAAACCCUUGUUAUUAAUGACACCUGUGGCCGUUAAGUGAACUGCAGCCAGCUACCUGUUGCUCAUGCUCGUGCUCGUUCACACACUUUGGUCACAACACCUGAAAAAACAUGAGAGAAUUCAUACUGGAGAGAAACCUUACAAGUGCUCUUCAUGUGGGAGGAGUUUCAGCACAGCAAGUCAUGUAGUUUCUCGUAUGAAAAGGUGUUGCCCAAAGUAAUCACAAAGAGAAGUCCCUUCUUCAGUUACAAUGCUUCAAGUAAAUAGUUGAAAAUUCAGAUAAUCCCAAAGAUGUAAUUUCUUCUAAAAGAGCAGCAUCAUCUAAGAAGUGUCAUUUGCUAAAAUCACCUGUUAUGGUGAAGUUUGGCCUUGUUCAACAUUGUAUUAAUAACCCAAUUCCACCUGAUAUUAAGAUCACAAGUGGUCUACACUAAAUACAGGUGGAAAUGGGGUACAGAACUCCAUAGGGAUGCGAGCAUCAUCCAAGAAACAGUUAUGAUUGUUUUACUACAAACUUUGGGACUGUAUAUUAUAUUUGACUCUCCAGUGCUGGAACAGGGCUAAAACAAAGUGUGGAUAUAGGUCUGACUAUGCGAGACAGUAGUUUGAAGUAAUCACUUUUCUUUGCAUGAUACAUUGACUGCAUUUAUACGAUUGAUAAAGCUAGCUAGCCAGCUUUAUCAAUAGCUGUUAGCUAAAUUGGGUGGAUGACAGUAGCUGUUUAUAAAAUAGACUGUACAUUAUAAAUGUGUUGACACAAUUCAGUAUUGAUGUGAUUCCAUUACAACUGUCAUUUUGAUAUAUCGAUGCGCUAUUGUUUUAUAAUAAUAGAAUGUUUAUAUUUUCUAUAUAACCUUAUGUUACACUAAUGAAUGGGUCUUUUUGCAUUAUCUUGAACAUUGUCUAGCAUUCAUUUAAUGUGUUUUUGUAGUUUAGCUAAAAUUACACAGAUCAAUCCUUAUGGCACUAUAUUUCACAUGUUUUGCAGUUAUGUAAGCUUACCUGUCCAAUAAGAAGAAUGCCAAUUUAGGGUCGGUUUUGAUCCCCAAAACAAAACGAAGUUCCCUCCAGGAAUCAAAUGCCCUGCCGAUGUUCACUUUUCGCUCGAUCACGUUUCCGCUUAGCCAGAUGGGAUUCAGUAGAUAAAUGUUUUUUGUUUUGUUUUUUGGCUUACUCUGAGUUUGUGUAGGAGUCGGUGUUGUGCUGGGAGCCGGACGUUUGCUGGAUUCCAUCUCUAAGAUAACAUUACCUAGUGUUGCAGUUUGUUGUCGCUGUUGAAUAGUGGAAGAGAAGCUACUGUCUGAGGCAAAGCUCUUGGUAGCAUGCAUAAAUGUCACAUCCUUUGGAUUUUCCCAGCAAAAGCGACCCGCUCCCUUCGCAUGAAAAUCAGUCUACAAGGUUUUAAUAGGCAACCUAAGAAGGUCAGGAAGGGCUCAUUUUUUAAGUUGCGUUACAUGCCGUUCACACAUUGGCAAAAAAAAAAGGCAAAUAUUACAUGAAAAUUGUUUACUCAGUAUGUGACUCUAACCUCCCUAGCAACCGGGCCAAUUUGGUUGCUUGGGAGACCUGGCUGUAGUUACUCAGCAUGUCCUGGGAUUCGAACUCACGAACUCCAGGGGUGGUAGUCAGCGUCUUUACUAACUGAGCUACCCUGGCCCCCCCAAGAUCUUGAAAAUAUUAAAUAUGCUACCCUCAACUCACCAACCCCACUGCACUGUACUUGACAAUUACAACAUUAUAUAAAGACAGGUACCGGUGAGUGCCAAACAAAGUAUUGUAGUCAUACGCAGUUCUAAAAAAUUUUUACGGUGUAUCUCUGACUUUCUGUUUAUAUAAAUUAAAUGUUUGAAUGAAAUAUUUUGCUUUAUGCAGUUUGCACUCUACCAAAGGUUGUACUGUCUGCUAAGGUGUUUGACAUUGUUGGGACAGAGAUUUUCAUAAGGGAUGUGGUAGGCAGACUGGCUUGGUUAGGGGCUAGUUUUAUUGGUCAUUGUGCUAGUGCUGAUUAUUAUUAUUAUUCUCUUAUGCAAGACUCUUGUUCUGAGACAAUCACUUAUGAGAUUCAGAUGGCAGAAUAACUCGCAUCAAGACUUUGAUAGAGAAUAAGGAGAUCGCUUUCCUCUCAAUUUAUGCACCCUGUAGUCCUGAUCUUACCUUAUUUCUUCAAUUAUAUCUUAUCUCAAACAUGUCAGACACUUAGACAGUGAUAGGAGCUGAUAUGAACGCUGUAAUUUCCCACAAUUUAGAUGGAUGCCAGGAAAUUGGCAGGUCUAUGCGUGGCCCGGUGUCUGUGAAGUGACACCCUUCAUUAAAUUUGUCAGGAAUCCCAUUUUUAUUUUCCCCGCCAUUGUGAGCCACAAGCGAGAGUGUUUCAUCUCCUCUAACACAGGAUGGUUCGCCCUGUUUUUACCAUUGUUGGCAACAUGCUAGGAGACUGCCAUGUCUUAACACAGAGAUUUCAGGUUCCUCCAUGUCACCUAGUAGCCCUCUUGCUUUCCCUGCUGUCACAAGUCGGGAACAAGAUUGUAGCAUGACGCAGGUUGCGUCUAUGCUUGUUUUUACUGUUGUUGAUGCCAUGCCAGAAGACUGCCAUGUAAAAAAAAAUUAGAUUUUAGGCACCUACAUAUUGCCUAGUAGCCAUCUCACUUUCCCCACUGUCUCAGGCCAGGAUCAAGUUUGUGACGUGACACAGGUCACUUUGAUGUCUGCCACUCACUUCCCCGACGUUAACGAGCCAAGAUUGAGAUCAUGGUCACAGUGUGUUCACUGUUUCUGUUGCUGUUGGCUCUGUUCCAUGACUCCAACAAUGUCACGUUCCAACAAGUUUCGAAUCCUUGUUGCAGUCACACAAAAAGCACAAAACCACUAAAGCACGACCGUGUGCUUUAGUUUGCAAGGUGUCCUCUUGUGACCAGAUAGGACAGUGGGCUACGGCCAUACCGAUUGUGAUGUAUCUACAUUGUCGGGGGAAGUUACUGUGACAUGUUUACUUAUAUAUGUAUAACUUCUGAAAUUGACUUUUUGUCAUUGUUAUAUUACAUGUUAAAGCAUAUUAUUUCAAUGUUUAAUAAAGUAUAUUUUAUCCCCAUUA